AUGGCCCACCCCAGUGGCAGUGAGAUAGGCGGUGGAAGGCGCAAGAAAAGGACGCAAGAAGCGAUCGGUGAACGUAGUGAUGGUGGUCCGGGCGGCAGGACGAACGCCGUGACCUGGAUAGUGUUCCUGGUUGUAGGUUUUUGGGCUCUUCCGGCCCACGGUGCUCCGUCACUGGCCGCCAAGUCGUGGCCCUCGAUGAAGACGUACGAUAUCUGGGGUGAACCCGCCGAGAACUCGCCGGCACCGUCAGGGGCAAGGUCGACCACCGAUUCCUUUGACCCACAUGCAUCCAGCAACGGAACCGGUUCCCGGGGGCAGCAUCGUAGCCGGUACAGCUACGACGAAGCGGCUUCCUUUUACGGUGACGCAAGCCACAACACGCUCAGUGGCGACGGUGGCCGGCAACGGUCCGCGAAAGUGUUGAACUUCCUGCCGGUGCCGGUGAAUGAUGAGUGUCUGGCGGACGAUGGACGGCGCACGGGGAUGUGCAUGAACGUCUACGAGUGCCGGAUACAGGGGGGGAAGGCACGUGGCGAGUGUGCCCUUGGCUUCGGGGUAUGCUGCGUGUUUGUCGCCACCUGCAACGAGGAGAUCGGCAACAAUCUCACGUACUUCGUGUCCCCGCGCUUCCCGGGCAUCGUGCCGAAGGACGUCGGGAGCUGCAAGCUCAAGAUCAAGCUGAUGAACCCGGACGUGUCGCAGCUGAAGUUUGAGUUCAUCCACUUCGCACUGGGACAACCGAAUCGGCGGACCGGAGUGUGCGAGGGCGACAUCUUCCGGCUGAUCGGCGGCGUGAUACCGUUCGAUCUGUGCGGUCACAACUCGGGCCAACACCUGUACUACGACCUGAGCCCCAAGAGCCGGGCCGACGAGUCGAUCGAGCUGGAGAUGAACUUUGCGACUCGCUCGUUCGCCCAGCGCCUGUGGGAGAUCCGCGUGUCGCAGAUUCCGUUCAGCCAGCGGUCACCGAGCGGGUGCAUGCAGUACUUCAUCGGCACCGAGGGCCUCAUCCAGACGUUCAACUUUGCCGAGAACGGCCGGUACCUGGCGAACCACAACUACCGGGCGUGCAUCCGGCAGGAGAAGAACAUGUGCUCGGUGGCGUACGAACCGUGCGACGAGCAGUCGUUCCGUAUCGGCGGCUCCAGGGACCAGGCGGGCCCGGGUGGCGGUGGUGCUGGUCCACUCGGUGGGGCAGCUGGCGGUGGAUCACCUGCUUCCGGCACGGGUCCUUUCUCAGACCCGUCGCUGGCUAGCGAUCCUCUGGCACCGGCCGCCGAUAUUCCGGCUGACGUGGGCGCUCCAGUGCUGGAGUCUCCCAUAGGCGGCCUGCCCGACGGUGGUCCACUGGCCCCGGAUCAGGACGUGGCCGCCGAUGAACCAACGCCCGUUGAGACCGCCGGCGAUGAUCCGGACGCAGCGGCCGACGAAGGUUCCGGUGGCGGAGGCGGCUUCUUCGAUGGGUUCUUCCCAUCGUUCUUCGGUCGGAGCAUCUUCGAUGAUGACACGGGCCGCAGUGGACGGUCACUGAGUCCUGGGACCGGCCAGGACCUGGGACGACAGUUUGGUACCGUGAACUGCGCGGACCGGAUCACGCUGCCGUGCAUCGUGGAGGACUUCAUCGGCGUCGGGAUGGGUGAGCUGCCCAGCUGUCGGCCUGUACACUGCGGGAAUUCACUCUGUCCGCCCGGAGUGUCCCCGUGCCGGGUCGAGACCUCGGUUACCCCGUUCAGCCUGGGAAUCCACUUCGGCGAGGGCCUGGAUCGGGGCAGCCCGGAGGACAACCUGGGGGCCUGCAUCCGUUACAGUCAGAUUCCGUGCGCGGGAUAA